GGCUCCCAGGCUGCACCGCGUUUCCUGUAUUCCGCCUCCUUGUCUUUUCCCCGUGUCCGCAGCUCCAGGGACGGAAUAAUCAUGGCCGCCUCCAAGCCCGUGGAGCCGCAAGGCGGACCCGGGAUCCCGCACUGGAAGCUGGCCUUGGCCGUGGGGGCCCCACUGCUCCUGGGAGCCGGAGCGGUGUAUCUAUGGAGUAGGCACAGAUCGGGAAAGAGAGACAAGCAGAGGAGGACACCGGAGGGGAGGGCGAGCCCGGUGCCCAGUGCGACCAACGCCAGCCCGGAGGCGACUCCCCAGCAGGAGAUGAGCCCGCUAGAAAAAGCACAAGCUGCAAAGAACAAAGGCAACAAGUAUUUUAAAGCUGGGAAAUACGAUCAAGCCAUUCAGUGUUACACUGAAGCCAUCAGCCUGUGUCCUGCGGAGAAGAAGGUCGAUCUGUCCACGUUCUACCAGAACAGAGCUGCAGCCUAUGAGCAGCUGCAAACCUGGAAAGAAGUGGUCCAGGACUGCACCAAAGCGGUGGAACUAAACCCCAAGUAUGUGAAAGCCCUCUUCCGACGGGCAAAAGCACACGAAAGGCUGGACAACAAGAAAGAGUGCUUAGAAGAUGUCACUGCAGUUUGUAUCUUGGAAGGUUUCCAGAACCAGAACAGCAUGCUGCUCGCAGAUAAAGUACUUAAGCUGCUUGGGAAAGAAAAAGCCAAAGACAAAUACAAGAACAGGGAGCCAUUGAUGCCUUCACCACAGUUCAUCAAAUCCUAUUUCAGCUCUUUCACCGACGAUAUUAUCUCCCAGCCCCUUCUCAAAGAAGACAAGUCGGAUGAAGAUAAGGAUAAAGAAGGAGAGGCGGCUGUAUUCAAGGAGAAAUCCGGUUAUUUAAAAGCAAAACAAUAUAUGGAAGAGGAAAACUACGACAAAAUAAUCAGUGAAUGCACAAAGGAAGUGGAGGCCAAAGGCAAGUACGUGGCUGAAGCUUUACUACUGAGAGCCACUUUCUACCUUCUCAUCGGAAACUCUGCUGCUGCCAAGCCCGAUCUCGAUCAGGUUAUUAGCAUGGAAGGCGCCAAUGUUAAGUUACGAGCGAAUGCCCUUAUCAAGCGGGGCAGCAUGUACAUGCAACAACAGCAGCCGAUGAUGUCUACUCAAGAUUUCAACAUGGCUGCAGAUAUAGACCCCCAGAAUGCAGAUGUUUACCACCACAGAGGGCAGCUAAAAAUCCUACUAGACCAAGUUGAUGAAGCUGUUGCAGACUUUGAUGAAUGUAUUAGAUUGCGACCAGAUUCUGCUCUUGCUCAAGCACAGAAAUGCUUUGCAUUAUACCGUAAAGCAUAUACUGGUAGCAAUCCGCUGCAAAUCAAAGCUGCAAUGAAAGGGUUUGAAGAUGUGAUUAAGAAAUUUCCAAAGUGUGCAGAAGGCUAUGCCCUUUAUGCUCAGGCACUAACAGACCAGCAGCAGUUUGGAAAAGCGGAUGAGAUGUACGACCAAUGCAUAGAUCUGGAACCUGACAAUGCCACAACAUAUGUUCAUAAAGGCUUACUUCAGCUGCAAUGGAAACAAGACCUUGAUAAAGGCUUAGAUCUCAUCAGCAAAGCCAUUGAGAUUGAUAACAAAUGUGACUUUGCCUACGAGACCAUGGGGACAAUAGAAGUUCAAAGGGGCAACUUGGACAAAGCCAUUGAUAUGUUCAACAAAGCCAUUAACCUGGCGAAGUCUGAAAUGGAAAUGGCCCACCUGUACUCACUAUGUGAUGCCGCUUAUGCCCAGACAGAAGUCGCCAGGAAAUAUGGCUUGAAGCCUCCGACACUUUAAAUGGACUCCCAGCGAUGAGCAAAUGUGAUAGCUACAAAAUAUUGAUCUUUUAAGACAAGUAAUUUCUCUGAGGAAAGUUUUGCAUCCAAAACAAAAAAAAAGUGGAAUGGCGGACCCUUGUUUUUCUGCUUGUGGUGUUGUCAUUCAUCCCUUCUGUUAGAUGUUCUUGAUAUUGUGGGAUGAGGGUGUCUGGAAUGAGUUCCUUGUCGAUGUCAAGGAGAAAGGCACCACUGCAUGAGAACAGGAGGACAUGGUUUGCCAUGCAAAUAAAACUGCUGAGUUGAGUUCAUUUCUGUUUUGUCAGGGAAUGGGUGGAUACUGUGUGAGUAAUUCUUCUUAAAUUAAUUUUUUUUAAAUAUUUCUGGUACUUUUUAUUUAGUUUUUUUGUUUUCUCCUUUAUUGCAUUACUGUUAUAUGUCCUUUUCCUCUUGUACAUAACUGAUCACACAAGACUUAUUUCUUCCUUUUUAUUAGUGAAAACAAACUAUUCUUUUUUUAAGUUGCCGGCUGUGAGAAAUAAAUAAAUCCUUCGCAUGCACGACCUUUACACCACCCUUGGGUUAGAAGUCAGGUUUUUCUUCUAGGUUUUCAAUUGGCAAUUCCUUUGGAAAGAGCCACGAGAGACCCCCCAAGAGCCUGAACAUGAAAUGUGAUUAAAAAUUAGACCACAAAUAAACUGACUUAAAUGACGGUGUAUCAGCUUUGUGUCAUUGCCAUCCUAGAAGAACGUAUUACCAGCUGUUGGUCCUCCUAGAAGACGAUACAUUUAUAGCUGGAAGUCUCUAUUCCUCUUGUUCUUACACUGAGGGUAUGUUCACACUACGGAGUGUGAACGGAAUCUCCGCUCACAGAAUUCCGCGAGCGUAGAUUCAGCCUGGCAGCCGACGACGGCGGUAGGACCGCGCGGCACUGUGCCGUCACCAUUGACGGCUAUGCAGUACUCGUUUCCGUGCAAAGAAUUAACAUGUUCUUUCUUUGCGCUGAACAAUUUCAGCGGCAGAAUUGUCCGCCGCUUAAAUUCCGCAGUGUGAAUGGGUCUCGCAGCGGGAAUUCCGUAGUGUGAACAUACCCUGACAGUGUCCAAUGAACGCUGACCCCACGAGACUGUAAGGAAGCACCCUACUGAACAGGAAGUAUAAAACGCUGUACCUACACUGCAGUUUUUGGCAUCUUUUGAGUACAAUUUUUUUGGGUGCUUUACAGUUUCUUGUUUUCCUUAAAGGGGUAGGUGGGGAAAAAAUGUUAUACCAACUGGCUCCAGAAAGUUAAACAGGUUUGUAAAUUACUUCUAUUAAAAAAAUCUUAAUCCUUCCAGUACUUAUUAGCUGAUGUAUGCUCCACAGGAAGUUGUAUAGUUUUUUCCAGUCUGACCACAGUUCUCUCUGCUGACACCUCUGUCCAUGUCAGGAACUGUCCAGAGCAGGAGAGGUUUUCUAUGGGGAUUUGCUUCUACUCUGGACUCUGUACCUAACAUGGACAGAGGUGUCAGCAGAGAGCACUGUGGUCAGAAAAAAACUAUACAACUUCCUGUGCAGCUGAUAAGUACUAGAAGGAUUUUUUAAAUAGAAGUAAUUUACAAACCUGUUUUAACUUUCUGGAGCCAGUUGAUAUGAUAAAAAAUUGUUUUCCACCGUAGUACCCCUUUAACACUCCCCAACCCACCACCUUGAUUUGUGUCAUUUUUCCUUCUAUAGACCUAUAUACAUUAAAAAGUUUAGGGAAUAAAAUGUGUGGACGAGUGUUUUUCUGGUGCUUUUUUCCCCUCUCAUAGAAAUCCUUAAAUCACAUGAUCAAAAAAAUCACAUCACAUGACCUGUAAAAAGAAGAUAUUUGAAAGACAAUACACAGUAUUUGUGGGAGAAAAGAGGCCACACAAAAAGUGAAUUAAAAGGGGAAAGGGUAUUUUUAUUUUUUAACAUUUUUUCAGGGCAAAUAAACGCAUGUAAAAAGUCUGAAGGAACAUUGGGUUCCACACAUGUUUCAUUACGGCAACUGGACUCGGUUUGGUUUUCUUACUGGGGAAAAAAAUAUUUCUAGAAAUUCUAAAUUUGAAAGGUUUCUAUUCUAUUAAGCAGAUCAUACUAAAACACUGGCACUAUUUUGCUCUAUUUUGGAGCGCUAGGUUGUCCAGGAUUAGGGAAAAAAAAAAAAGUCUGCUUCUUUUCCAUGCAUAGCGCCAAAAAUGUACAUGGUUGUGUCUGGUAUCUCAGCUCAGAUCCUCUAAACUUGACUGGGGAAAAACUGCAUUACUGCUUUUUCUGAAGGGGAAAAGCAUUUUGUUGGAUUUUGUAAAUACAACCCCUAUAAAGUACGUCAUUUAAUAGAUCACUGAAUUCUCUUUUAAAGGGUACGUUCACACAGGCGGAUUACCUGCGGAAUUUCCGCAGCAGAUUUUCCUACCAUUGACUUCAAUGGGUCUGAAGAAAAAAAACUGCCUCUAUUGGGCGUUUUCUGCUGACCCAUUGAAGUCAAUAGUAGCAAAAUCUGCUUCCGAAAUUCUGCAGAUAAUCCACCUGUGUGAAUGUACCCGAAGACCUUCUUUACACACGUUUUUUCACACUGUUUUUGUUUUCAUAUGAGGAAAGGAAACAAAACAUUUCAAGCUAUUUUUUUAUUUUUAUUUAUUUUUUCAUAGUUUGCAACAUGCAUUCAAAUCUUGUAAGGGGGCAAAUGAACAGUUUGGAGGGGGCAGCAAAAACUAUUUUUUUUUUUUAUGUAGUGUGUUGGUUUAGUACAGUGGUCUCCAACCUGCGGAUCUCCAGAUGUUGCAAAACUACAACUCCCAGCAUGCUGGGAGUUGUAGUUUCGCAACAUCUGGAGGUCCGCAGGUUGGAGACCACUGGUUUAGUAUUUCACUAUAGACUUUCACAUAACGUCUCACUGAAACAUUCUUGAGGGGGGGGGGGGGGGAGAGAAUAAAAAUUCUACAGUUGUAUGAGACUUACUUCAGACUCCGUGAUACACUUACACGCUCAUCCAAACUCCUUAUGGUCAGCUUAUCUUCCCUGAGAUCUAAAGGACACAACAUGUCAGAAAUCUAUAGUGUCUGAUCCUUUUUCUUCCUGACAUCUGCCCCCGGAGUGAGUCGGGAGCCCCCCCCCAUACAUUAGAUGGUUGGUGGGUAAUUAAUGAGGCUGAAUGUGGUCAAUGUCUCUCAUAUCAGUCUAAGGAACAGUAAGUAACGUUUCUAACAUUGUGAAACUUUGCUUUUUAGUAAAACAUGGAUGGAGUUGGUAUGAAAGGCUGGGUUGGGGGGGUCUAUAUAGUAGCACUUAAAAGGGGUAUUCCGGGUAAAAAUAUUUUAUCCCCUAUCCAAAGGAUAGGGGAUAAGGUGUCUGAUUGUGGGGGGCCCGCUGCUGAGACUCCCCACGAUCUCCAUGCAGCACCCGCAUUCUAUGCGGGUGCUGAAUCUCCAGUUUCUGAAACCUCCAGGUUUCCGUGACUGGGGACGUGACGUCAUGACAUGCCCCCUCCCAUAGACAUGAAUGGAGGGGGUGAAGCAUGACGUUACGUCACGUCCCCAGACCCGGAGGUUUCCGAAACUAGAGACGUAGUCCCCGUAUAGAAUGCGGGUGCUGCAGGGAGAUCGCGGUCAGACAUCUUUGGAUAUGGGAUAAAAUGUUUUUGCCCGGAAUACCCCUUUAACAGACCAUAGCUAUAAUGUAUGAUGCGAGGUAGGAAAUACAUGAGUUUGGUGGCAAUGAACAUAAACUGGUCACAAUAGCGCCAUGGAUUGUGCUACUAUAAUCACUAUAAUCAUUGGAUUUCCACCGGAGCAGCAUAGUCCCAUUGUAUUCAAUGUGAUUCUGCACACGGCAUGAAACAUCUGGUGCAGAAAUUCCAUUUUCCGUGCCAGCAGAAAGAAUAAACCUGUUCAUUCUUUCUGCAGAUUCCGCACAGAAUGCAUAGCAGUCUGAGACUGUGCGCGCAUUCUUGUGCGGUCUUAGCGCCGGCAAAUUAUGCUAGGGCCCGCAGUCUGCGAAAUAUCCGCGCUGAGAUUUUCUGUGCGGACAUUCUGUGAUGUGAGCAUAGCCUUACUAAAACUCCAGGGUAAAGGUUCUUUCUGACACAAAAGUAGGGGCAUCGAACAGUCCCAUCAAACUUUGCUUUCUAUAGAGACAGAUUAAGUUGGGCUGUAUUUCUGCUAGCAAGAGAUGAGCGGCCAUAGGGUAUGUUUACAUUGCUGUGCUGAAUUUGCCACCAAAAUUAACCCCUAAUUGACAAAUGGGCUUUUCUAGGCAGAUUCCACCACAAUAAUGUACAUGUUCAUUACGUCAGUGGGAUCAAAUUCCUCAUCUGAAGUCAUUUCACUGAACUUCCGAAGUGUGAACUGACCCGCGGCCUCCCAUUGCGAAUAAUAAGAGCCGUGGUGACCUUCCAAGUGUUCCAAUUCCCUGGAAAAAGCUAGACUUUUCCAGGGAAUUAGAGCAAUUGGAAAUCCAAACUACUUUUUCCCAGCUAAAAUGAAUCGACGGUCACUGCCUGAGAUACAAUUUAGGAUUUUCGUACUGAAAGUUCAUUGAUCUCUACUGCAAACCAAUAAAAGAAAUCAUGUUCUCCUCCAUUAGUUCAAACUUUGUUAGGUGAGUGUGGAGUUGUCACCUGAAGCCAUUUGUGCAGUUUAUAAGGUUUGACAAUAUUAAAAGAUGACAAUUUUUGUAUGGGUAAUGUAGUAAUAUAUGGGUUGUAUUGAUAAAGAUUGAUCUAUAGAAAACCUUAUUUCUACGUCCAGUCGGGGGGUAAAGCGCCAGCUCGUGGGGAUCGUUCAGGAACUUUGACAUAAGAAUCAAUAGGCUUCCUUCUCACGACCUCAUGUUCAGCGAUCACUAUGACCACCUAGCACAUAAUAGACUAAUCUUUUUAUAUUUCUCAAUCAGUAGAACAUCUCAGGUCUCAACCACCAGAACUGUCUGAGAUAAGUCAUCCAUAGUCUUCAUCCUCUUCUUCCAGUACAAUUCCGAAACCUUUUCUCUGAGAUAGUUUCAUACCCGGAGCCCAUAGUCUUACCUCGUCUAAAUAAAAUAAGGGCUUCUAACAAAUGUUCUGCAUUGUUUACAAUAGAGCAUUUAUGCCUUCAGAUAAGAUCUAGAGUUUGUCGAUUUUUUUAUUUGCAUGGCUUCUUAAAUGUUUGUGCCAUUCACUUCUCCCAUAUGUAGACACAGCAUGAGCUGAAUCCAGUGUGCUGCAUUCCAGGUCUCAGACUCUCUGCCUGCUGUUUAAAAGUGCACUAAAGCAAAUUUGUCUGUAUUUUUCUUUUUGUAAAUGAUUCUCCUCCCCCUCACAGUUACAGAAAAAAAAUCUAUAACAAUAAAUAUUACAACAUAAGUG